AUGGAUACUCAAGGAUUUUCUCCUGGCUCAGCACAUGAACCAAUACAGUUCAUGGAGGGUAAAGACCCUCAAACCACUAUUAUAGAUUUAGCAGACCUGCUUAAAAGAACUGUCGAUGAGAGAAACGCUUCCCGCAGAUGCCUCUUGCAAGCUCUGAAAACAAUAACUGAUCUCAAAUUCAACAUUGAAGAGCAUCGGUCCAUCAUUAUGGAAAGCCAAGCAGCCCUCGCAGAAUGCACACGCAAGAGCAGCAGCUACCUUUCGUUCCUCAUGGCCGUUGAACCAAGGUGGAUACAGGACACAUGGGUUUCGUUUCCUGCAAACGAGACACUGCUAGGCGUCGUGGAGUACAAAUGGGCGAGAGGUGAAUCGCAGCGUGCUUUAAACGAACUUUGUCUUCUGCGGAAGCGCCUUAGCUCAGGCGGUCCUGACUGGGUACAAACUUUGCUCCUCGAAGGUGCCAUACUGUUUUCCUCCGGUCAACAUACGGAAGCUCGGUUAUCUGUCUCCGAUGUUCUUUGGAAGUGUACGCGCAUAGAAGAGCAGAAUCCCUCUGUAAUCCGCGAUUUUCGUGAUAUUGCACACUUUCUACUUGGGAAAAUCUUCAUGGCGGAAGAGAAAUGGAUCGAUGCGUGUAGGGAGUUCGCCGAGGUCAUCCAUGUCCUUGAAUAUAGAACGAGAGCGCUUCAGCUUAAGACCCUCUCACGCCAGAAGUCAAACCAGAAGAGAAAACCGGAUUCGCUAUCAGCCUCCACUUUCCGGGAUGAUGAGUCGACUGGCCUUGUCGUCGACUAG